AUGGGCGACCUCAGGAGAAAGGAAUCGGUGGCGGACGCCAAGCAGGGCUUGCUGGGCGGGGCCGUCAGCCUCGCGGUGUCGCAGGAAGUUGGAGGAUCCCCGGCGUCGAGCGGAAGAUGGUCCCGUCUGGGUUCUCUGCUGGCGUCUGUGGGUUUGAACGAGAAAAGGAAGGUCAAGCUGAGGAAGAUCAUGGACAGCACUGCAAUGCAGACGUCGAUGCUCGUACUGCUGGUCUACGUCCUCUUUGUUACCGACAUUGCGGCGCUGGCGGCCGCCCCCCACUCCACCGUCUCGCCAAUAGACGCUUCGCUGCUGGCCAGCGUCGUCCUUUUUGGACUUGAAAUGGUGGCCAAUGCGUGGGUGCAGCAGAAGAGAGAUGCGUUCUACUUGACUCUCGAACUCAUUGGGACGCUGUCGAUUCUGUUGGAGGUGUCGUGGGUGAGCGCUGGGCUCAUUCCCAGCAAUGACUACAAGACAGCGAAUGUCUCCAGAACAGCAAUCAUAACGUCGAGAGCUGGUCGCGUAACGCGGCUUGUGCGGUUGGUGAGGUUUGUUCGGGCGCUAAAGAUCUUCAUGAUGAUCAGACGGUACUUUGCACGAAAGGUGGAAAGCGAUACCACGGAGAAAUCCAUGGCGCCGUCUUCAAUCGGAAGUCACUUGGCAGACAAGAUUUCAACACUGGUGGCGUUCCUGGUGAUGGUGACAAUGAUGGUUGUGAUGCUGCUUCAAACCAACGAGGUCGACAGGGCACCCCAGGCGUACAUCGAAACACUGCAAAUGAGGGCUGGCGAGUCAAAGGAGGAGCUGAGCCCUCUGGUGGAGACCUUGAGGACGUUUAUAAGACAAGGAGAUGCGGAAAUGGAGGUGAAAAUAUUGAAGGUUGAAGACAAGCUGUGGGACUUCACCCCGGAGGUGGGGUCAUUUAACGGGAGAGAAAAAGACAGGCUUGUGCUUUCAGGCGAUGGUUCCCCCGUUGUUACCAUGGAACUCGAUCUCUCCAAGCAGAACAAGCAAGAGGCAUUGUACGACAUGCUCCUGGGAAUUUGCGUUAUUUUGGAGCUCUGUAUUUUUGUUGCCGUGCUCCACCGCAACACCACCAGGAUACUUGUUGCACCACUGGAGAGGAUUUUCAACACGAUUCAAAAGAACGCCUCCCAGAUCAUGUCAGCGCUGGAAACCGAAAAUGAGGACGCCGAUGCAACGGAAAUUAGUACAAUUGAGGCUGCCAUCAACAAAAUGAGCAAGCUGGUGGCCCACGUGACCGCAUCUGGCACGCAAGGACAACACGUGGUGAAGGACUACCUCCAGGACGUGCACACCACGGACGACACCAAGGCAUGGCUGCACGAAAUGGCCGGCGGAAGUGCACAUGGCAACGCAACGGAGCCGAACAGGGGAAGAAAGUCCACUGUGGGCGCGGGGUGGCUGGAUAAAGUGACCCAAAAGCACAUGGAAAAGGCAAUGAGCUUGUCUGGAGACAGGCAGAAGGCGCCAAAACUGCUCGUUGACAUGGCAGAUGUUGAUCUGGACAGGCUGAAUUCCUGGGAUUUCGACGUGUACGAUUAUACCACUGAGGAACUGAUGACCUCGAUAUGCGUGAUGUUCGAACAGCUGGAAUUAGCAGAGUUUAAAGAAGAGGCCAGUAAAAGGGAUGACGAGUCUAAGCCAUUGGUCACGAUGGACAUAUUGUACCAAUUCAUUGACAAGGUUCGCGAGAGAUACAACGAUGUGCCCUACCACAAUUUCUUUCACUGCGUUGACGUCACUCACGCAACCUACCGCUUCAUCAUGCUCACCAUCCACAAGACGCAUAUGACGAGGGUAGAAAGAUUCGCUCUGGUGGUGGCGGCACUUUGUCACGAUCUGGACCAUCCAGGUCUGAACAACGCCUUCCUCGUUAACUCGAGGAGCGAAUUGGCGCGACUGUACAACGAUAACUCCGUGCUUGAAAACCGCCACGUGUCAUGUCUGUACACCCUGGUCGCGGAGCACCCAGAGGCGGAUGUCUUCCAGCUGCUGGACGAGGCGACGUGGAAAGAAGUUCGCAAAAUUGCCAUUGGGGCCAUACUCCACACAGACAUGCAGCACCACUUCGCAAUGGUGUCCAAGGUGGACGUGUUCUAUGAAUUGCAUGCCAGUGCGAUAAACGUGUACGGCAGAGCGGAUUCCGUGGAGGGAGAUUAUGAGGUCUUUCAGUCGGGACUCUUCAAAACCACAGAAGAUCGAUUGUUCAUGAUCAGCAUGUUGCUGCACUGUGCAGACAUAAGCAACGCCGUGAAGCCGCUAAAAAUAAGCGAAAGAUGGGCAACAAACGUUCUGAACGAGUUCUUCGCUCAAGGCGACCUUGAGCAAGAGCGGGGCCUGCCCAUCUCCCCCAUGUGCAACAGAGACACGACAAGCAGGCCCCAGUCCCAAAUCAACUUCAUCGAGUUCAUUGUGGCCCCGCUGUAUUUCCAGGUGGUUCGCAUAUUUCCGGAGCUGCGUCUUUCCAUGAUCAACCUUAGAGACAACAGAAGGUACUGGGAUGAGCAGCACCUGAAGAGCAUCAAUGAGAGCACUGAGAUGUCAUCUUCGGAACGGGAGGAGGAGAAGAAGAAGGCACAGCAGAGGUUUUCGGCGUUUGUGCAGAAGUACAAGGAAGCUUUUGACGAUCAAAGGUGGUCUGCCGUUCGGAGUUCGGUUCGGAGUGGGAUAUUGGGCCAGAGGACCCCCAAUUCCACGCCGCCCAAGCCACCUGAACCUGGAUAG